GGGGGGGGGGGGGGGGGGGGGGGGGGGGGGGGGGGGGGGGGGGGGGGGGGGGGGGGGGGGGGGUGGGGGGGGGGGGGGGGGGGGGGGGGGGGGGGGGGGGGGGAGGGGGGAGGGGGGGGGGGGGGGGGGGGGGGGGGGGGGGGGGGGGGGGGGGGGGGAGGGGGAGGGGGGGGGGGGGGGGGGGGGGGGGGGGGGGGGGGGGGGGGGGGGGGGGGGGGGGGGGGGGGGGGGGGGGGGGGGGGGGGGGGGGGGGGGGGGGGGGGGGGGGGGGGGGGGGGGGGGGGUGGGGGUGGGGGGGGGGGGAGGGGGGGGGGGGGGGGGGGGGGGUGGGGGGGGGGGGGGUGGGGGGGGGGGGGGGGGGGGGGGGGGGGGGGGGGGGGGGGGGGGGGGGGGGGGGGGGGGGGGGGGGGGGGUGGGGGGGGGGGGGGGGGGGGGGGGGGGGGGGGGGGGGGGGGGGGGGGGGGGGGGGGGGGGGGGGGGGGGGGGGGGGGGGGGGGGGGGGGGGGGGGGGGGGGGGGGGGGGGGGGGGAGGGGGGGUGGGGGGGGGGGAGGGGGGGGGGGGGGGGGGGGGGGGGGGGAGGGGGGGGGGGGGGGGGGGGGGGGGGGGGGGGGGGGGGGGGGGGGGGGGGGGGGGGGGGGGGGGGGGGGGGGGGGGGGGGGGGGGGGGGGGGGGGGGGGGGGGGGGGGGGGGGGGGGGGGGGGGGGGGGGGGGGGGGGGGGGGGGGGGGGGGGGGGGGGGGUGGGGGGGGGGGGGGGGGGGGGGGGGGGGGGGGGGGGGGGGGGGGGGGGGGGGGGGGGGGGGGGGGGGUGGGGGGGGUGGGGGUGGGGGGGGGGGGGGGGGGGGGGGGGGGGGGGGGGGGGGGGGGGGGGGGGGGGGGGGGGGGGGGGGGGGGGGGGGGGGGGGGGGGGGGGGGGGGAGGGGGGGGGGGGGGGGGGGGGGGGGAGGGGGGGGGGGGGGGGGGGGGGGGGGGGGGGGGGGGGGGGGGGGGGGGGGGGGGGGGGGGGGGGGGGGGGGGGGGGGGGGGGGGGGGGGGGGGGGGGUUGGGGGGCGGGGGGGGGGGGGGGGGGUUGGGGGGGGGGGGGGGGGGGGGGGGGGGGGGGGGGGGGGGGGGGGGGGGGGGGGGGGCGGGGGGGGGGGGGGGGGGGGGGGGGGGGGGGGGGGGGGGGGGGGGGCGGGGGGGGGUGGGGGGGGGGGGGGGGGGGGGGGGGGGGGGGGGGGGGGGGGGGGGAAGGGGCGGGGGGGGGGGGGGGGGGGGGGGGGGGGCGGGGGGGGGGGGGGGGGUGGGGGGGGGGGAGGGGGGAUGGGGGGGGGGGGGGGGGGGAGGGGGGGGGGGGGGGGGGGGGGGGGGGGGGGGGGGGAGGGGGAGGGGGGGGGGGGGAGAAGAGGGGAGGGAGAAAAGAGGAGAGAAGGAAGAAGAAAGAAAGGGAAGAAAGAAGAGGGAAGAAGAGGAAGAAGGAAAUGA